AUGGCAAUUCUUGAGCUUCAAGCUAAUUCUGAGAUUGAAGAUUCUCUAAAUCCACGACUAAUUUGCUUACAACUUGAAAAUUGGUAUAAUGUAAACAACAUACAAUCCUUGCUGCAGGACUUGCGAAUGAUGUUGGACACUGGUAACUACAGUGAUGCUACUUUGGUAUUUACAACUGGUUCCGAAAGCCAGGAAAAUUUAAGUUCUGAAGCUUCUAGUUCUGCAGAUCAUUCAUCAAGAAAGCACGAACUUAAAUGCCACAAAGCAAUUCUUGCUGCACGAUCUCCUUUCUUCCGUAACCUUCUAUUGCGGCGUGCACGAUCAGGUGAAGAGAUCACUGAACGGACAUUGCAGACCCCUACCCGCAUAGUGCUUGAUGAAUCGGUCAUUCCAAGGAGGUAUGCUCGAGUGUUAUUGCAUGCAAUCUAUAUGGACACUGUAGAUCUAUCUUUAAUAGUCCGUGGAAGUACCAGUACAUGUAGUCUUAGUGAAGUGCAAGCUAUGGUAGCAGGAAGAGGACAUAUCACUCAUGCUGAUGAAGCUAUGGAAAUUUACCAAAUUGGACAGUUUUUGGAUUUUCCUAUUCUUUCACAAGGUUGUGAAGAUAUAAUUGUAGAAAGUAUUGCUGUAGAAAAUUUAAGUUCUAUUUUGACAUGGAGUUCUGAACCCCAUGGGUCUCAAUGGGUCCAUCGGCAAGCUUUACAUUUUUUACGAGAAGAAUUUCUUCAGUUGCUACACUCUCCAAUUUUCUGUGAAAUGGGAAAAGAUUAUCUCAUUGCUGCCAUUUGCUCUGACUUCUUACAGGCUGGCGAAUUAGAUGUUCUGAAUGCUGUAUUAAAAUGGGGGGAACACCAGCUUGUGAAAAGAGUGGAGGAACGAGAACCUAACCUGCUCAAUCAUACAGCUCACAGUGUGAGCAAAAAAGGUAUUCGGAAGCGAGAUUUGAACGAUGUUGAACUCCGUGAGAUAUUGGCCGAACUUCUUCCGCAUAUACGAAUGGAUCAUGUGAUACCUUACAACAGUGAAAUCCUAAAUAGUGCAAUAAAACGAGGACUUGUGAGUACACCUCCAUCACAUAUGAUUGCAGAUGAAGGCGGUAACCACCGUGUUGGAGCAUGGAUCAGAGCCAAGAACAGUGGAAUGUAUGUCAAGCCUCGACUCUUUACUCCAUAUUACGAAGAAACAAAGAGUAUGCUUGAAGAGCUGCUAGGACAAGUACAAGAAAAUGACCUGGUAAAUGUGCGUAUGAUACACAUGUCGUCCAUUCCCGAUACUCUUUACAUGGUUGAAGACCGUCAGUAUGCUGUACCUUCAGUUGCCUAUUUGGCACCAACCUCCACCGUAGAUGUCAUAGCUGGUACUAUACCUGUUCCUGAUAGGAAUACAUUAAUCAUGAUGCUUCACCGUGAGCAGGAAUUACAAAGAACCAAGCUGAUUCAAAAAGCUUAUUCCCUCCCGUACACAGACAAACGUGCAGUGACAUAUCAAAUAAAAUUGCGGGUUGUGAGAGAAUUUGGUUUGCCUGACUCAGCUGUUGAAAUCUUGCAGAACAGCCAGUAUUACUAUCCUGAAGAAUCCCUAUAUGUUGAACGGCAAUAUCAAGUCAAUACUUCUUCCACCUCUUCACCAAGCCGGCACAAGCAUAGUCCAGGUACACCUGUACCACCACCAGCUCGACCUUAUAGCCCUGUAGAAGUGAACUCUCCACCGGUGACGAAACUAGAUUGUGUUGCUCAUUGUACAACUCAGUCUAAUAUCCGACACAAUCCUUCCACCCCGCUGCCAUCUCCCACCAGGUGCUACAGUCCUGUGCAGAACGAACCAAAUACCUGUGGAGAGAAUGCACUUAGUGAAGUGAUGCCUGAUAUUGCUAUGGCGACUGCCUCAUUGGAUCAGAUGCACAUGCAUGAGACUGAUUUAGAUUUGGACAUUGUUUCUGAUGGCAUUCAUCAUGGAACACUAUAUGUAUGAGACGUUUCCCCGUAUCCCUUCCCCGACCAAGGACACUCUUCAACUUGUUGAUCCUUCUUAAACUGCUGCUGCUGCUGCUGUUGCCGUUGAUUUGCUGCUGUCACCUGUGCCAUGUAAAUCGCACAGAACAAACUAGCCUAUUGCCGCUCCACAAAACACAAUGGCUUGGUGCUGGUGCCGAAGAGAAUGGCUUGUCACAACAGAAGAGAUUAAGCCUGUUAGUAACAUAGGACUGUUGCAGUUGCAGAGCUGAUGCAGAAUAGCAAAUAACCCGUGGAAUUAUUGUACUUACUGCAUUAAGACUUGUUGAUGGCUGUUGCCAAAAGCAUUGGAUUUUCAAAUUUACAGCUUACAAGACCUCUCAUGUUUGAUAAAUCUUUUGAAGCUAAUUGAGUUUAUAGUCUUUCCACAGCCAUUUCAUUACUGACUUGAAAGCAUGUCAACUGUCUAUUUAUUAUUUAUUUAUCAUAUUUAUUGACUUAUUUUGAAUAAUUUCCACCUUUUGCUGUUUUAUUUAUUUUUUUUUUUAUCAUUUUGUUUUAAAAGUUGAUUUUUUUUUUUUCCAUCUCCAUCAUUUCAUUUUUGCAUUUUAAUUUGGUUGCCGAAUUUCGUAAGUCUUAAGUCAUUCGUCAUAUAAAACGUCCUACAAUGAAGUAACUUUAUCUCCAACAAUAUGAUGCCUUUGCUAAAAUCUUAUUUUGCAGUUUUGUUUGAGAACACAAAACCCUUUUGAUAAAACCAAACCCCUGCAAAUAACACAGCUACUUAAGGAGUAUCUCAGUAUCUCAACAAAGACUGUUGUCAAUAGAACAUUUAGUUGAAAAUGUGGAACAUUAUUUAUUUACCGAAUAAAUAUUUUCUAGAGUCAUUUUCAUAAAUUUAUAAGUUGUAAAGUUUUCUGCUCACUGCAUAAACUAUAUAUUGAUGUUUUUAAAUUUUUUUUUUUCAUCAGCAGCUAGAAAGGGAUAACAAAAUACAAGCUUUAGUAUAACUUUAAAUUUAAGUUAAGGAAACGUAGAAUUCUGAAUCUGUUUUUCUCUUUUGUCUCAUCACCUAAUGUGUACAGUAACGACACGCUUAAUCUGUUGUGUAAGCUUUCCUAUCAAUAAUUACUGUUUAGGUAUUUAUUAAACCAUUAACUCAGUAUAUAUUUGCUUCUAGUCAUCCCUACUUCAUAUAUAUAUAUAUAUAUAUAUAUAUAUAUAUAUAUAUAUAAUAGUUUGUAAUUAAAAGAUAGUACUCAAUACAUGGUAAAGAGUAUAUUGUUUACUUAAACUGAGUUCUUUUUUUUUUGCAACUCAAGUUUCAUGCCUCUGAAAUCUAUAAGAUAUUUUCUUUGGUGCAUGGCUACCAUUUUCAUUGGCUAGUUUCUGAAUGUCAUUUCGUUAGGUUGGUAGGGUUUUGAUUAUUCUCGUUUUGUCUCUGUUCAUUGGCCAAUGACUGGUGAGAACAUCACAAUAAUUAAAAUUGAUACUUAAAAAGAAACCGUCCUCACAAAAUAAUGUUGAGAAACUAGGCAAUAAAAAUGAUUACCACACACAGAAAAACAAGCCUGCUUCAAAAUUAUAUAUAUAUGUGUGUAUAUAUACGAUUUUACUUAGGUAUAGUGAUCCAAAUAACCAGUGGUUAGAACUCAAUAUAUUUAUGCUUUAAGUUAAAGUGUUAGGCAAAUACAAAGUGUAAUAUCAAUUAAUGAAUGACAAAAGAACAGGAGGUGUGUAAUCACUAUCAUUGGCAUUAAGCUAUUUCUGCUGUAGGAAGCGGUGUACUCUGAGCUAAGUGCUAUGCUUCUUAGAGUAGAAAGAGUCGUAAAGCAAAUGAAAGCAUUUAUUUAUAUAGCCCUUGUUCUUUUGUCAGCCCUUAAUUUUUGUGUGUGUGUGUGUGUGUGUGCGUGCAUGCGUGCGUGCAAGAUAUCUCAGUUGAUCAGCCUUUACGAAGUUUCUUAGAAAAGUUUGUCAAACAUCAUAGGGAACAUAAAUUCAAUAUUCUAGCAAAAUUCUGUAAAAGAAUUUUUUAUUUUUUGCAUAUUAGGUUCUCGAAGGUUUUUUAAAAAAAAGUCAGUCAUAAAUUUUUUAUUAUUCAUUCUCACAUUUCACUGGGUUUUUUUAAAAUUAUUAUUUUGGUCACAAAAGAAUGUAACUUUCAUCCAAAUACAUCUGAAAUACU